AGGAAGCCAAAAUUUGAACUGCACUCACGGAGGCCGCUUCCCCAUUCUCCUCCACCAACCAACCCAUGGAGAUGGAGGGAUCCCUCCACCUGCGCCGGACGAUGCUGGAGCAACGUGCGGCGAUCCAGCGCCGGAUCUGCAACGGUCGGGAGCGCGCCGCCUCCUCCGCCUUCAGCGCCGCCCUCCUCUCGGCCCGCGCCAUCGCCGACCAAGCCGUCUCCCACCGAGAAAAACUCAUCGGACAAAAAGAUCAGCUCCGGAAAUUUGAAGCAGAUCUUGCAGAAGCUCUCUCCAUCCAAAGAAGCAAAAAGUCAAAAUAUAAGCUCAUCAGUGAGUCAAUUUCGAACACCACUGCCACAAAUGAGCAGCUCAGAAGCUUGGUCAUGGAUCAGACGGCUAGGAGAGAUAAAUAUGCGGAUAUCAUAUCAAAUCAGCUUGAAGCUAUUGAAGAUCUUGAAGCUAACAGCGAUGCAAAAGGGAAAGAGGACCUAGAUGAAGCUGUUAUGUGGUACAAUAAAUUUCUUGGUUUUCAAGUUGUUGGAGGAGAAGGGGUGAAAUUUGUGUUCAACAAAAUUGACAUGCAAAGUCCUGACAAGGAGUAUUCGUUUUGCAUAAAGCUCACCAAAGAAAGAUACAACUUACUCCAGUGUGUUCCCUCUGUGGAAGGCUCCAAAGAGUUGGUGAAUGAUCUUAACUGCAAUAACGAUCUGUUCAAAUUUGUGAGAAUCAUGAGAGAGAGGUUCCAGGCUGCUACAAUAUGUGGGGUCCUUCCGGCUAACUCAUUUUGCCUGGGCACGUCAUCCAUAACAUCUUCAUCACCGUCAGCCUUAUCAGUUGAUUCAAGAAGUGAAAAUAACACCAGUCAAAGUCAUACUCGAAGUGGAGCUAGGAAUAAGGAAAUUCCUACUAAGAAAGGACUACCUUCCCGAUCAGCAACAUCUCCUGGUACCAUGCUAUCUAGCGUGCGUCGCUCCCCACGAAUUCUUGAACGCCGCUAAAGUUGACAGAUGGCUCUGAUGUAGCAAAUUCUCGGCUGGGCAAAGUGACUAGCAAGCAGUGGGCUGUACACUUGAAUAGACACAGGGAGAUCCAUCUUGGAGGGCUCCUCAUUCUUCAUCAUGACUUCAUUAUUCCGCGCCUUCUUGUUCUCUCGAGUCUCGAUCGAACAGCAAUGGGUCGUGGAGAUCUGUACAUUAAAAAUUUAAGCAUCUUCAUGUUGCGUUGAUCAGGUAUAAAAAAAAUUAUCUUCUGAUCAAUCCUCUGUUGCUUUUCAUUUCUCACCGGAACCUCUCGGUUUCACUGUUUGUAUUACCUAAUCUUCUUAAUAACCAUGGUAUUGUAAGGUUCUUAACUGUUGUCGCAUCAGUAAGGCUGGCUGUAAGAUGUAUGUCUGCUAGUUCUUGCAGUGUGUCCAAGUUAUCGGGCUGUAAACUGCUUUCAAAACUGCCUUUGAGGUGUUCGCCUAAAUUUUGCAUGUAAUUUUACAUGUUGACA